GACGCAUAACCCGCGCUCGAAAUUUCCCUCCGGAGAAGAUCACCGGGUGCCGUCUCGCGACCAACAACAGGGGAAGGAUGAAUCCUCCCAUGCAUCUUGACUACUUCGGGACCUCGAUUAAUCCGAUGAGGACCUCCGCCCCGGCGGGGGAGCUACUGGGGAACGAUUUGGGGUGGGCGGCUUGGCGACUGCAAGAGGCGGUGGUGCGGCACAACGACGAGAAGAUUAGGGGGAUUUUGUCGUCGUGGUUGGAGUCGCCGGUGGUUUACCGGAUGGAGCAGGUGUUCGAUACGGAUAGUGUGAUGAUGGGGAGCUCGCCGAACCUGGAAGGAAUGUCACUGCCGAGCCGAAGGUUGUAUUCCGGUGGUGAUGAGGUUUGGUCAGGUAGGGUAUUGGGGUGUUAAAAAAAGAAUUUUGAUUUUUGAUUUUUUGAUUUUUAAUGAAUGUAAUAAUGAGUU